AUGCACAUGGUAAAGGACUUAAGAGAUAUUAGCCCUAGAAUCUCCACAUUAACACUCAGGACCAGAGAUUUUCAAAUUGUACUAAUUAAUGUUCAUGCACCAACCGAAGAAAUAGACGAUGAAGAGAAGGAAGAGUUUUACUCUACAUUAAAAGACGUAACGCAUACAGUAGUUGGUAACGUUAAAAUAGUUCAAGGUGAUUUUAACGCUAAAAUCGGCAAGGAAGCGCUGUAUAGAGCGGUUAUUGGAACUCAUAGACUACACGAAACAUCGAAUGACAAGGGUAUGAAGCUGAUUCAUUUUGCAGAAGGAAAAGGACUAUGUUCCCACGCAAGGAGAUUCAUAAGUACACUUGGGUAUCCCCUGAUGGAAAAUAUAAGAAUCAGAUAG